GCGGGUCCGUUUUCCUCUCAAGCCUCAGGCGGUCGGUCUUAAAAGUGUAAAGCCUUUCGCAAGGCGGGACUUCGGAGCGGCGUCGGUGGCCGGUUCUAGCCGGGGCGGGAGCUGAGGGAGAACACGAGCCGUCUGGGUUGGGAGGACACGCGGUCUCGGCUCUGGAGGGGCUUCGGGGGCGGCAGCAGCACCUCCGCCUUGGCUCCCACUGAAGGCAGUCGAAGAGAGAGGACCGCGAGGGCUUCGCUUGACCGCGACAGUUGCCCUCGUUUUCCCUUGGGACUAUUGGUUUUUCUCGUUUUUUCUGUAACUCGGCCCUGAAGUGACCCUAAUUUUGUGAGCAUAGUAGAGGCAGUAACAAAAUGGGAGCAAAGGUGCUGCUGAGCAGGCAGAAUUCGGUUUUGAGUAAGCACUGUGUGCUACAGGCAGCAAGGCUUGAUUCCCAGAGUGAUUAUGGAACAUUUGUAUCCCAACAAAUUGAGGGGGUUUGAUUACAAGUUUUUGAAGACUGCAUUAUUCUAGAUGAUCAACUGGAUUAAACGUCUGUUUAGACUGAUGCUUGAACAAGUUGGGGUGACUAUGGAAUCGUUGCUUUGGUCAAGUAAGCCUUAUGGUCCAAAUAGAAGUCUUGUACGGAAAAUUGGCACCAAUCUUUCUCUGAUACAGUGCCCGAGGGUUCAGUUUCAGCUUACUUCUCAGUCUGCAGAAGGCAGUCAUUCUAACCAAUUGAAACAUGAUGGCGUAGUCUCGCUUGCAGACGUGGGAUGGGUUGCUGAAGAAGAAGGUGAAGUCUGUACACGGCUCAGAGCAGAAGUCUGUCCAAAAUCACAACCAUUUCUCAGAGCUGAAGACUGUUCAGUGAGAGACCUAAUACCAAAGCAAUCAGAAGUAAAGGAGGACUCCAAGACUGCAGUGGUUACAAACAAUGAAGCUUUGCAGAAAAUCAGUGCAUUAGAAAAUGAACUUGCCACUUUAAGAGCACAAAUAGCCAAAAUUGUAAGCUUACAAGAACAGCAGCAUUUGACAGCAGGUGCAACAAGUUAUUUUACAUCAACCUCUGUUCCAGCACCAGGAGUGCCGCCGCCGCCGCCGCCGCCUCCUCCUCUUCCACCUCCACCAAUGCUCCAGCAGGGCCCCUCUGCCAUUGACCUUAUUAAGGAACGCAAAGGGAAAAGAAUGAAUUCUAGACAGAGUACAAUAGAUAAUAAUCCAAAGAAGCCUGAAGUGCCAAACAUGAUGGAUAUCCUCAAAGAUAUGAACACUGUAAAGUUGCGAUCAGUGAAAAGACCAGAUGAAAGCACAAAAAGAAAAACAGCUGACCCAACCGACCCUGCAACACUAAUAGCUGAGGCUCUUAAAAAGAAGUUUGCUUAUCGAUACCAGAGUGACUGCCCAAGUGAGACUGAAAAACAGACAUUUUCAUCUGAAGCAAGACCAUUUGGGCCACACAUGCUGAAGUCUACAGGAAAAAUGAAGACUCUAAUUGAAAAGUACUGAAGAGAAGAAACUUCUUCCACAGGGUUAGGAUUUCUUCAGCUACUUUGUGCAGAGGAUCAUUUAUUUAAUUCAGUGAAUCUGAAUUGAAAUGUGCCUCUGAUUUCCACAGGUGACUUUUUAAAGAAAAAGUAAAAUGUGUAUUUCAGAAAAGCACAGCUUCUUAGUACAAAAAUGUUGCUGCAUUACUAACACUAAUUUAUCUGUACCAAAUACUUUACAGACUGGCACCCUGCAGAACAUUUUUGAACACUGUGGCAGCAAAUAGCCUUAAAUUGUUAUAUCUCUGGUGUAGUAGCUGGAAUUAUGUAUGGGAAUUUUUAUGCAGUUCAUUUUAGCUUGUUGGAUAUCUCAUUUUGAACAUCUGUUGCAUCUUGAGUUCUUGCGUUGAGAAGCUGCUCUGCCUUACAUUGUUGAAGAGACAAGGCUUCAAACCUUAUUUAUUGUUCGGCAAUUUAAACUUCAAAACUUUGUACACCUUGCCUAGGGAGCUUUAGUGAGGCAUCUCAUUGUUUAAGCAUAAAUGCUGCAGUGGUGGCAUAUUUACAGAGAAUAAAAUAUCUAAAGCUCUAGUAUUAUUUAUACAUGAUUACGUUUGAUAAUUUAGACUUUCUUCCAGGCAAGUAAUGUUACAGAAAACCUGAAAUGCUGCAUAUUUGGCAUUGAAAAACUUGGAAAGUUGGAGCAGAUGAAACUGGUUACCAGUGAAGUAUAUGUUUAACUCUGCAAGAAUACAACACCAUACCUUAAAGAUCAAGUCCAAGAGCAUUAGGUUACCUUUUCCCACCCCUUAAUUGUGGUAAAUCAAGGAUGCAUAAUCCGUGCUGCCCUCCUCUAGCUUUAAAUGUAGCCUCAGGGUAGCCCCUUACUAUUCACUAUGGCUGGAAAAUCUGUUCCAAAAACCACCCACUUUCCUUUCUGUUGAUAGAAGAAAAGAGAGAGAUCUAUAUCAAAAAGACGUGAAGAGAGUGUGCAGAUUUUCCACUCCCAGCCAAAAAUAAAUAAUAAUUUGCUCCUAUGGGAGGGUAUGAGUUGAGCUGAUUCUCCUGUGCAGUGCAUGGCACUAAAAAUGACUGGAUUGGAUAAAUUCUUAAUACAACAUUUGUACCAGCAGCUGGACUAGUACUGCGUUGUUUUGCUUGCUGAUACCUGAAUUCUUCAUUUCGAAAUAAAGGAACAGAAAAAGAUUGGAUGUUGGAAGAAGGCAAAAUGUAGUAUAAAAAUACAGUAUUUCUAGAACUGACAGUUUUAUAAAUGAAACUCAUGUUAAAGUCUCCUAAUUUGAAUUGUUCAACAUUUGUGAGCAUUUCUUUUAGGAACCUGUUACUUGACUGGCUCAAAUUCUAAUGGUAAAAUAGAUUAUCCCUUUAAAGUGUUAAUAUAAUGCAGGUGUCAAAUACAGUAAUGUUCCUGAAAUGUUUCAGUGCUUUCAUUUUAAGUGUUUUAUAAGCUUAGUUUUAUGGACCAUUUUUAGCCUGAUAUGUAAAAAUGCUUUGAGAUGUUUUGAAGCCAACAGUUCUCAGAUAUGUUUGUAUUUUAUCCUAUACAACCAAUGUGCAAAAUUAAACAGCCUGAGUUCAACUCUUUAUUUAUUUAUAUAUAUUUUUCCUCCUUAUAGAAGGGACUCAAGGGUAGCCCUUCAGUUUUAGUGUAUGCAGACAUUAGGAUUAAUUCAUGGUGCACUAUGGAGAUGUAUUUUGAAGCUACUAGAAAUGGUGCCUGAACUAGCUGAUAAAUUAAGGCUGCAGUCCUAAACAGAGUCUCCU